CAACGGCGAGCGACACAACAGAGAUCGCACGCACGCAGCCCCGAAGCAACGAUGUCUCUGACGAACGGGAGCAACAACGGCCACAGCAGCAGCAGCGGCGGCGGCGGCGCGUAUUCCGCCGGCUGGAACAUCGGCCUCAUCAACAGCCACGGCAAAUACCUGACCGCCGAGACAUUCGGCUUCAAGAUCAAUGCGAGCGGCUCGUCGAUGAAGCGCAAGCAGAUCUGGACGCUGGAGCAGAACGGGGGAGACAGCGUCGUCAGCCUUCGCUCGCACAUGGGCCGCUACAUGUCCACGGACAAAUUCGGCAACGUCACCUGCGAGGCGGAGGACUGCGGUCCGUCGGAGGGCUUCUCGAUCGAGAUCAGCAAAGAUGGCCGCUGGGCGUUCAAGUCGGUCGAGUUCGGGUACUACUUCGGCGGCGUCGGCGACAACCUGCGCUGCACGAGCAAGGCGUCGCUCACCGACGACGUGCUGUGGUCCGUGCACCUGGCCGUGCAUCCGCAGGUGAACCUGCGCAACGUUAACCGGAAGCGGUACGCGCACCUGCGCGAAGAGGAGAUGCACGUCGAUGAGAACAUUCCCUGGGGCCGCGACGCGCUCGUCACGCUCGAGCUGAGAGAGGGAAAGUACGCCGUGAAGACGUGCGACGACCGCUACCUGCACCGCGACGGCCGCCUCGUCGACGAAGCCGACGCCAACACCCUCUACCGGCUGGAGUUCCACGGCGGUUACAUGGCGCUGAAGGACUGCGCGGGACGCUACCUGACGGCGGUGGGCGCAGACGGGCACAUGAAGUCGCGCAAUUCUACCGUCACCAAGGACGAGCUGUUCUCUGUGGAGGAGUCGCACCCUCAAGCCAGCUUCGUCGCUCACAACGGCAGGAGGGUGUCCACCAAACAAGGUGUUGAUUUAUCGGCCAAUCAAGAGGAACUGACUGACACAGAAAUAUUCCAAAUCGAGCGAGUGAAGACUUCUAAGAAAUGGCUGAUAAGAACCAAGCAGGACAAGUACUGGAGCUUGGAAUCCGGUGGCGGAAUACAAGCAAAAUCAAGUACGAUCAGCCCCAGCUGUCACUUUGACCUCGACUGGCAGCAGAACGGCAGCGUCGCCGUUAAGGCGCCCAACGGUAGGUACGUGACGGCCAAGAUGAACGGCCAGCUGUCGGCCACCAUCGACGAACCGACCGCCAAGGAGCACUUCCGCUUCCAGCUCAUCAACCGACCAAUCAUGGUGCUGAGAGGCAGCCACGGGUUCGUGGGCUUCAAGAGCACCGCCUCGCGGAAGCUGGAGUGCAACAAGUCGAGUCAUGACAUUAUCAAGGUCGAGCAGAACGAGGACGGCUCCUACUUCCUUAAAGACCGGAACAAUCAUUACUGGCACAUCGAGGAUGAUUACUUUAUCACCACUGAGGGGGCGCCAGCGUCGGAAUUCUACCUAGAGCUGCAGGAUCACACGCUCAUGUCGAUCCGCUCCAAGAGUGGUUACUACCUGCGGGGAGAACAGAGCGGCCUAUUCAAGGCAAACGGAACAGAGAUCAAGAAUGACACGCUAUGGGAGUUCUAGUUUGCAGGUCCCAGUCGAAGGAAGGAGGGGGAGGUAGGGGAAGGAAUGAAGGACGUGAAGGAAAAAAUUGUGGAAUGAAGGGGAGGAACGUGGGAAGGAAAAGACAGUGAGUAGGGGGCGGGAUGAAUCAGAGGGAGAAAGGAGGAGAAGAAGAAGAAGAAUAGGAGAAAGGAGGGAGGAGGAAGAGAAGGUAGUUGAACGAGUACGAUUAUUGGGAGAACCACGUCGAAAUUCCUCUGCAGUAUUUAUGGAAGCAGGGGGAUCAGGUGUAAAGCCACUCGUUAGUAUGUCGUUUGUUAAUUUUUCAUAUGAUGCAUAAUAUGUGUGAAAUUCGUGCGUGUGCCGAAGCACCUUUAUUAAUAUGUUUAAGGAAGCUGGCUGUUCAUUCCGUACUUACAGCUGAGUGCGUUCUUCUUGUCCUGGGCAAAUUUUAUAAAUCAACAGAGACGUAACCAUGUACGAGAUGAGAUAGAAUUCUGAACGUUUCACACACAUUCUAAAGGCAUCGCACAUCUAUACAGGACUCCAUUUCUAAACAUCGACCUGUCCGAUACAAUACAUUCUCAGGCAGCACAGCGUCAUGCACAACGAUUUAUACAAAAGUGUACACGGAGGAAAUAGGGGAUUGAUCAUAAACUCUCACACCUGCAUGGUGCGAUAAUGUAGUAUAUGAUUGCGUAUUAAAUUUAAAUUUCAACUUGAAAAAACCCCUGUAAACCGAAUACCCUGUUGUGGUGCUUGCAGGCGAAAAUAGUUAUAUAUAUAUAUAUAUAUAUAUAUAUAUAUAUAUAUAUAUAUAUAGCUGGUUUACAUAGGUGUAAAGGUUCAUUUUAGUCUCAGUUUCGCUCUAGUUAUUCUUGGUGUAAAACGGAUAAAUCCUGGAAAGCAUAGUAUUGGAUAUGAUACUUAUUAUGAUGUUUAUGAUUUUUGCACUUCGCUUAUUUUGAAUUCACAUUCGUCAUAUUUGUGAAAAUGCGUUCAAAAAGUUAUUGGAAAAUACAUACAAACACAUCAUCACAUCAGUAUUAGCACGCGUGCGGAUUUCUUCUGGUAUUCUGGUGUUUACUAUUUGCAAUAGAUUGUACUGUUAACUGACGUCGAUUAGGGAACAAAGUGUGUUAUGUAAUUUUUACUUACGAUAUAUAUAUAUAUAUAUUUACUAUAGGUGAUGUAGAGGAACUGCCUAUAGUAGUUCAAAGAGGUACAAUUAUUUUGAUUCAUGUAAUGAACCGUUUGAUGUCGGUAGUUCUCGGCAUCUUAAAAUUACCCCAUAGAUUAAAUUAUGACUAUAUAUGAACGAUCUACCACACAAUAUGAGCUGCUUACAACCACCACAACAAUAUGGCGGCAUACGUUCCCGCCUUUGUUUCUUUGUAGCAACAGUCUCUUAGAUGAGAUAAUGACGUUGUUGGAACUAUAUAUCGUAUAUGCCCUGUAUCCCAGUUGAGGUCACAAUUUCGUAGAUCGCAGACAUGACCAAUAAAAUGCCUAUUGCAUACAAAUAUUUCACACAACUAAUCAGGCUGGCAGAGAGUUGAUAUAUGAUGAGGUAUUAGAUCACCUCUGCUCGUGGUACAAAAUGUUUUCCAUUAUAACGAUGAUUAUUUUUAUAUAGCCAAAGACUGAAGGAUUAAUAUAGAUAAUCGGCGCGCACUUUUUGCGAGUAAAAAUUGUGAUUUGUGAGUAAAAAUUUAACACGAACGGUCAUGAUGAAGUACUACUAGUAUAUAUAUAUAAGGUUGCAUAUAAUGAAAAUGCUAUUCCCUAUUUAUAUUUAAGAGUCCUGAUUUCAGGUUGCCAUAUAAAAGCUCUAUUUAUAAAGAGUAUGAAACUUUUUUACACGUAGUUAGCUUUCACUUCCCUCGGUUUGGCUAUAAACCAUUCCAAAAUCAUCCUUCCAAUGCCACAAUGCAAGCUAUUAUAUUAUACAUAAUUUGAACAUGUUUGCUUUCAUUGACAUAUAGAAGUGUGAAAGCAUAGACGCGCGCGCACGAACGCACGCACGCACGCACGCAGACACGUGCAUAUAUGUGCACGUACGGCUAUUAUAGUAAUACAUGGUAUUGCUCAUAACAUCAAUGUGUGCAUGUAACGUAGGAAUAGUACGGUGGAUUACCACCAAUUCGCUGACCGUUUUUAUACCAAAAACGUAUUCGCUUUCUGCAAUGUGCUAUAUGUGUGUGUAUAUGCGCCCGCAUACGUCGUACGUGCGUGCAGGCGCGCCCACACACACACGCACAAGCACACUCACGCUCCUACACUCAUCAAGAACCAAACAGAUAGAUAUACACAUUACUUGUAGUUUUGUACACUGUUUAAUUUGGACUUUCGGAUAGAGAAGGCUGGACGUAUCCCCUCCAUUGGCUGUUGCACACGAGUAGUUGUGAAAGUAAUCUGUUUAUUCAUUAUAAAGUAAAAUAAUAAAGUGCAGAAAUGUGUAAAUCCUGCCCUGGUUCUUGUCAAUUCUUAA